UGUCGUGUGAAUUGUAAUUUCGUACAAUCAUGUUUCUGUCGCAUUAUUUUGUCGCAAUAUAACAAGAUACGCAUUGCGUUUGAUUUACAUCGGGAGUGCUGUAUAAAGCGCGAUUAUCGUAUAUCAGAUUAUUUAUGUGAUCAUAAUUAAUUAUGCUUCCGUGAAUAAUUGCUGAAAAAUUAUCAAAAAGUAGAAAUGAAGACAAAAACAAACCUUGGCAGACAUCGAGCGGAAUUUAUGGAGUAAGCCGCAAGAACGUGUGCCAUCAAAAAUUCCCUCGCAGAUGCGGUAUGAGAGAUGUGCGUGUCCCGUAGAAUCGCAGUUAUGCAGAAUGAAAACAGAGCUUUACGACUGAAAGAGCCCGCGUCUCUGGCGCUCUCCGCUGGCGGGAAUUCUGGCGGCUACGUGGAUCAGGAUGGCACGGCCAUUGUAAUGUCAUCCGAGCUCCUGCCAGCACCGACCCCGGAUCCGAGAGUGACGUGGAAUUACUUCGACGAACAGGGGUACGUCUCGAGAGGGGGUCUGCGCGCAGGCGAGGAUCCAUACGCGAGGAAUAAAUUCAAUCAGGAAGCCUCCGACGGUCUUCCGAGCAAUCGUGACAUACCCGAUACUCGCAGCGCCAUGUGUAGAAUGAAACAAUGGAGACAGGAUUUGCCACCGACUUCCGUUAUAAUUACUUUCCACAAUGAAGCACGGUCUACGCUACUCAGAACCGUCGUCAGUGUAUUGAACAGAAGUCCGGAGCAUCUGAUUAAGGAAAUUAUUCUGGUAGACGAUUUCAGUGAUCAUCCCGAAGAUGGCGAGGAGCUAUCGCGAAUCCAUAAAGUUCGUGUCAUCAGAAACGAAAAGCGAGAGGGAUUGAUGAGAUCGCGUGUUCGCGGGGCAGAUGCAGCUACCGCGAAUGUAUUGACAUUUUUGGAUUCACACUGCGAAUGUAAUGCCGAUUGGCUCGAACCACUUCUGGAAAGGGUGGCCGAGGACCCAACCAGAGUGGUCUGUCCCGUGAUCGAUGUAAUCAGUAUGGAUACUUUUCAAUAUAUCGGAGCUUCCGCUGACCUCAGAGGUGGUUUCGAUUGGAGUUUGGUCUUUAAAUGGGAGUAUCUCAGCCAAGCGGAACGACAAGCGAGACAAAAGGACCCGACGCAAGCCAUUAGGACCCCUAUGAUUGCUGGCGGACUGUUUGUCAUCAACAAAGCGUACUUUGAGAAACUCGGCAAAUACGAUACACAGAUGGACGUUUGGGGUGGCGAGAAUCUCGAAAUAUCGUUCCGCGUGUGGCAAUGCGGUGGUAGCUUAGAGAUUAUCCCGUGCUCACGUGUGGGUCAUGUAUUUCGCAAACGUCAUCCUUACUCCUUCCCCGGAGGCAGCGGAAACGUGUUUGCCCGAAACACGAGGCGCGCCGCCGAAGUAUGGAUGGACGACUACAAGCAGUUCUACUAUAAUGCCGUGCCAUUGGCACGAAACAUCCCUUACGGAAAUAUUCAAGACAGGAUGGAGCUAAAACGAAGAUUACAUUGCAAGCCUUUCAGUUGGUAUCUGAAAAACGUCUAUCCCGAAUUGGUUAUACCUACGAGCGAGGGUGGUCCAGGAGGCUCUUUGAAGCAAGGUACCGCCUGUCUAGAUAGCAUGGGCCACCUUCUCGAUGGGAACGUGGGUCUUUACCCUUGUCACAAUACCGGCGGUAAUCAGGAAUGGGGUCUCACGAAAGAUGGUUUGAUCAAACACCAUGAUCUCUGCCUGACUUUACCGGUAUACGCCAAGGGUACGACGCUACUGAUGCAAAUCUGCGACGGCAGCGAAAAUCAGAAGUGGCGGCACUUGGAAGGCGGCUUGAUCCGUCACACCAGAAUACCUGUGUGCGUGGACUCGCGGUAUCACGCGCAACGCGGUAUCACGGCGGAGAAGUGCGACUCGAAUGCGGAGACGCAGAGGUGGCAUCUCUACAACCACAAUCACUAGCUGAUAUGGUUGCGGUGAACACGCCAUUCACUCGCAAGAUUUUCACUUAUUGUCACGCGCCGCGACGUGAUCAAAGUCAUUCUAAGAUCGCGCUAAAGGCGCCGUUACUUAAGGGACUGGCUGUCCGCACGAAUAAAUCGAUCGAUUCAGGCGGGUUACUUAUCGUAUAUCAGCGUAUCUUUGUGCAAUAAUAGUGGCUCUUCUCAUAAUCUCCCAUAUGACAUCGAGCAAGAGCCUAUCUUGUACCAUGCUGAUUUGCAAGAUCGUGAUUUCCCGAUGCAGCUUGUUUCAUAAAGUUUAGAUGAGAGUGUAUUUGGAUCCGGGAAUAUAUAUAAUACUCUUUAAUAAUGUUAUAAAAAAGUGGUAUUACAUAAGACGGGAUAAUUUCGCAGAAAAGAGUAAAAAUUUUUUAAGACUGCUUGGUGUAUAUGAUACCAAUUAAUAAGCUUCAGUUUUAAUAUUUAUUCGAAAUUUUAUCGCUUUUGAUCGUUUUCUUAGACAAGAAAACGUUAGAAAUCAUCACAAUACUUCUUUUAUAAUGAUAAAAAAUUAAUUCUUACUGAUAGAGCAACGUCGCAAUCGAUGUGUGAUAAGCGUAAUUUAUAGUAAAAUAAUGUAAAAAGUGUGGAGGAAUGUGUGUACGAAUAGACAAUGCGGAAUUGCAUAUACCGUUUCGAUAUUGUGACCCGAAGCACGUUGGUUGUAACUGCAUCUUAAGUUUCGAAUGCACGGAUUACGGUAUAUACUUCAUACGUGCGUUGGGUUUAAACAAAGAAAAAUCAUAUAUUAUUGAAAGAGCUAUUUUUAACACUUUUAGCCCGAAGAGAGUCAUUCACAUAAUAGAACAAAGAAGUCUCUCGUAUUCGCGGUUUAAAGUUUUAAGGAAAGCUAAGUGUGUAUAUUAAAAAAUAAUUAAAUUGUAUACGUAAACUACUCAUGCAUAGUUUUGGCUCAUGAUUAUCAAACUCAAAGAAUUUAUUUGAGAUAUAUAUUACUUAAAUAAAGUAAUUAACUUAUAGAGUAUUGCAUGGAUGUGAUCAGGUCAUCAUUUUUCGCAAGAUGUGUCGUUUAUAAAAUCUCAAUUUAUGUGUAAAUAUAAAUUUACAGUUUCUUUCGCGAAAAGGAACUCUCGCUAAUAUAAAAGAUUUAUAUAUAAUUAUAUAUACAAAGAGAAUUUAAAUUUAAUCUCUGCUUUUUUCCAAACACCAAUUUUUA